AGUCAAUGGUUGGCGCACCUCCAGACCAGAAUUAAAGCUCUUCGUGCGAAACAGAGAGCGAAAGAGCGAUAGAAAGAGCGAGAGAGAGAGAGAGAGAGAAGCCUCUUGUUUGUUGAGGGUUAGGUUAGCAAAACCAACACCCCAAACCCAGUAGCUACUGCUAGCGUGCCAACUCCUACUUCCACCGGUAGUUGCGAACAGUUAAGCGGCCUCUCUCCGGACCACAGAACCAACAAGUCAAUCAAAUCCUACGACUCCACUUAAUUUACUCCCACAUUUAUUAUUGUAUCUCCUUAAUCCGUUUCAUUCAUCUGCCAUCGAGUUCAUGGAGGUCGGCACCUCCGCCUCCGAGGCUACUCUGCUUGAAGGAUGCCUUCUCAGGGACCCGGAUUCCUUCCCUUACUUCAUGCUCCUGGCCUUCGAGUCGUCGGUGGGGCUUCUGCGCUUCGCGGCGAUGCUCUGUCUGUGGCCGAUUCUCUGGCUUCUGCGAGUGUUGGGCAUGGGCGAGGUGGCGUUGAGGGUGAUGGUUUUUGUGGCAAUGGCAGGGGUUAGGGAGGCGGAUAUUAAGGCGGUGGCGAGGGCGGUGUUGCCAAAGUUUUUUAUGGACGAUGUGGACAUGGAGGUGUGGGGGGUUUAUAGCGGAUACGAUAAGGGGAAGCGGGUGGUUGUUACGGGGAUGCCGAGGCUAAUGGUGGAACAGUUUGUGAAGGAGCAUCUGUACGCCGACGUGGUGGUGGGGCGUGAGCUUCAGGUUAGCCAGUCGGGGAUUGCCACGGGGUUGUUGAAGUUGGAGGGAGGGGGAGUGGAGGAGAAGGUCAGGAAGUUGGCGUGUGGAGAGUUGGUGGGUGCGGGGAUGGGUAGACCGGCGGCUAUGGCGGCUGAUGACCGUUGUGAGAAGCAACAUCUGCCACCCUUCAAGCCCGCCACUGCCGCAACAAGAAGCCGCAUCGAUUUUCAUGCCGGCCGCCUCGUCCGCCGCCCCAACCCCUCAACAGCCCUCCUCAUCCUCCUCUGGAUGCCGUUCGGAAUCAUCGCUGCCUUUAUCCGCAUCACCGUAGGCCUCAUCGUCCCCAUGUCCUUCAUCCCUUACAUGAUCCGCCCAUUCGGUGGAAAAGUCAUCGUCCGUGGCCGCCCUCCCCCUCCCUCCUACCCCUCUGCCUCCCGCGGUAGCGGCGUCCUUUUCGUCUGCACCCACCGAACCCUCAUGGACCCAGUCGUACUCUCCAUGGUCCUCGGCCGUCAGGUCCCAGCCGUCACCUAUUCCAUAUCUCGCCUCUCCGAAAUCCUCUCCCCAAUUCCAACAGUCCGGCUCAGCCGUGACCGCCGCAUCGACUCAGCGAUGAUCAGUGCUGAGCUUGAGAAGGGGGAUUUGGUGGUCUGCCCGGAAGGGACCACCUGUCGCGAACCGUUCCUCCUACGAUUCUCCGCUCUGUUCGCGGAGCUAACCGAUCGCAUAGUCCCGGUGGCGAUGAACUACAGGGUGGGGUUUUUCCACGCGACGACGGCGAGAGGGUGGAAGGCGAUGGACCCAAUAUUCUUCUUAAUGAACCCGAGGCCGGUUUACGAGGUGACGUUCUUGAACCAGCUGCCGGCGGAGGCAACGUGCUCGGCCGGAAAGAGUCCGCACGAUGUGGCAAACUACGUGCAGAGGAUACUGGCGGCGACGCUAGGAUUCGAAUGCACCAACUUUACUCGGAAGGAUAAGUACAGAAUGCUGGCCGGAAACGACGGAACGGUGUCGACGACGAUUAUUACGGCGG